CCAUCUCUCAGCAUCAAAACAUUGGAAGAUCUCAUCUGAUCAACAGUCUAUCCUCUGACAGUCAAAGGACUUCACAUUUCUCAAAGAGAAAGAGAGUAUUUUGCACAAAAAUGAAGACUGUUUUCGUUUUGACGCUCCUCAUCGCCACAGUCUUCUGCCUACCUGUCAAGCGCUCAGCCAGCAGUUCAGAGAGCUCAGAAGAAAUGAUUGCUGUUCAACGGCCACCUCCUAUUCUAAAAAAAGCUGCUGCUGAUAUGUUCCAGGCAGAACCUACACAGACCACACCAGCAGAUUCCAAUGAAAGCACAAACAGUGAAGAUGACACUGAGGAGGCAGAUGAGGAAUCUAAAACAGAUGAGGAUGAGGAGAACGAGACUGACUCCAGUGAGAGUAAUUCUGGGGAAACUCAGAGCACCGUUGUCCCAUCCACAGCCGAGCCCUCGCUGGACCCCAUCAUCAACACAGGCCGGGGAGACAGCAUGGGCUACCCAAGCGACUACAAAAAAAGCAUCGUUUAUGUGGACGCAAACAACUUUGAAAAACUACCUUCCCCAUACAAGUCCUACAGCAGUGACAAGUUAGGCGGUUUGACAUUUGUGAGCAAGAAGUCUUCUGCUUAUGAUGAGCAGAGCUUCAAUGACGUGGAGAAAGAGAUUCAACUGCACAAGGCUCUGCAGGUGCACGAUCUUCUGGAGGAGGACAGCAGCACCCCCGAGAUGGAGAACAUGGAGCCAGGAGACCGCCAGGCGGCUCUGGGAGGCCAAGAGAUCGUCCCCGCCGGGAACCAAGAGCCAGACAGCGAGGGAGCGAGUGCUGGCGACUCCACCGCCAGCGCCAGCGCCAGCCAGGAGAAAGCAGGGGAGUCAGAUAGCAGCGAGGAGACCACAGCCACCCCUGGAGCUGCAGACAGCGACAGCGACUCCUCACAGAGCACAGAAAGCCAGGAGAGCGAUUCGGAUGAGCAGAACACACAGACCACCGAGGCUUCCAUCAUAAACGCAAAGUAAUCACAGUCAAGCACAGUCGACACAAACGAAUGCAAAUGUAUUAAUUGUAUGGUGCUUGGUGACUCACUCCACGUGGCGUUAGUGUGAGAUCGACGACAAACGCAGAGCACAACGACACGGUUCACACGAGGUCUUGAGCUGCUGCUAUGCAGUUUCAUCUCAACAAUGUCUUCCUGUUGAUUGCACAAUUAUUUACGAACCUAAUGUAAAUGUAAUUUUAUACUGCUCUAUGUAAUGAAUGAUCAUUUAUGAAUAAAUUUUGUCCUAUAUCA